CUUUGGAGUCUGCUGCAAAUAGUGAUAUACGUGCUUUUCAUGGUUUACUUGUCCUCAUCACCUCAGUCAGGAUCUGACCUUGCACAGCAUUUGACUAACCUGUUGGUUCACCAAUACUCUUUUGUUAUUUGUGAUGGGAGUGAGUGCACAAGGAAAGAGACAGGAAGCAUUUCAAGAACACAAAUGUGCGAGGCCGAGCAUCCCGACCCCGAAGGAAUCGACGAGGCGCCGGUUCAACCCAGAAGGGACACACAUGAACGGUGACGAGGAAGGAGGGACCGACGGGGCAAUCGAUUGCGUCACCCAUUGCUGUCCCCGUUGUGAGAGGAUGCGGCCGAUUGGUUAUCUCGAUUGGGACGCACAUGAUUCCUAUGGUGGUGGCGGCCGCGCACGUCAAGCACCGGGGUGGGCGUUUCUUCGGUCCGGAAGCCCCAGGCUGCGUUCCUCCCCGAGUCGCGAAGUAAUUGGACGACUCGACGAGGUAGCUUAAUAUACCCACCUUCGCGGUGUUCGAUAACCGACUGUGACACAAGUCGUAGCGGUAUGCACACCUUGCCGGUGCCACUACCGAGAUGUUUACCAGAAGGCGUACCUAAGGAGCAACGCAGAGCUCCACGGAAUUGACACCUACUGCGGUGUGCUUACUGCCCAUGCCAUUUAAAGCGCCCUGUUUCCCACUACUUUGCCGUUUCGGGCCUGUCGGCUCCUCGUCUCUUUCAAUCCUUCCCUCCCUCUCUUCUCUCUUUCUUGUCUUCACCACCUCAUUGUCGUCGAAACCCUAGCGUUACUUUGCGUCGGUCGAGGUGUCCUCGUGUCUCUGGCUGCCCUUUUUUGAACUAAAGUUCGUCUCCGCGGCGUCUCGUCUUCUUGGAGGAGGAAGAUGGCAAAUCGAAGGUCAUCUAAAAGAUCAUAUUUAGAAUUCUUAGAUGGAAAUGAUGAUGGUGAUUCUAAAGUAUACAGAUUUCAAAUUCUCCUGCCGAAUGGUGCAAGUGUACGGCUUAUAUUUAAUGAUCCAGGGGAAGAUAUGUUCUUGGAUGAGUUUAUACACAUCAUCAGAAAGGAACUUGAAAAAACUGCAGAAACAACAACAAAAGCUAGUCGAAAGAUUUUCUGGAAUGGAAACAUCUAUCUGGAGGAUAUGUCUGACAACAAGAUUAGAAAGAAAAUCUCUUUUAGCCAUUUUCGCACUAACAAAUGUCACAUACUAAGGCUUCAUGACGAGGGAGGUGAAUCUCUUGAUACUUACCAUAACAUGUGGGAUCUGACACCACAUACUGAUCUUCUAGCAGAACUUCCAGCAGAAUAUACCUUUGAAACUGCUCUAGCUGACUUGCUUGAUAAUUCUUUGCAAGCUGUAUGGUCUAAUGGCUCUGGUGAAAGGAGGCUAGUUAGAGUGACAGUUGAUGAGCAAAAAAUCGAAAUUUUUGAUAGUGGCCAGGGGAUGGAUGGUAGUGAGGAGAACUGUAUCACAAAGUGGGGAAAGAUGGGUUCUUCUAAGCAUAGGGCUUGUAGAAGCAAGGCCAUUGGUACUAAAGCUCCAUAUUUAAUGCCUUUCUUUGGCAUGUUUGGUUAUGGUGGGCCAAUUGCCACUAUGCAUUUGGGAAGGCAUGCUACUGUGUCAUCAAAAACUAAAGGUUCAAGGAAGGUGUAUUCUCUAUAUUUUUCAAGAGAGGCUUUGUUAAACCAAUCAACACCGAAAUGUAUCUGGCGGACUGAUGGAGGUGUGAGGGAACCUUUAGAUGAGGAAACUCAAACAUCACCUCAUGGGAGUUUCGCCCAGGUGGUGAUUAGGGAUCUUAAACUAAGGUGCUUGGACAUAUAUAAACUUCAGUGCUUCUUGAAAGAUAUUUAUUUUCCAUAUAUACAGUGUGAUACAGAGUACACUUCACGAAAAACAGCUAUGCCAAUUGAGUUCGAGGUGAAUGACAUUAACCUUGCUGAAAUUCAAGGAGGAGACGUGACAAUUACUAAUUUACUCUCUUGUAAUGGUCCUGAUUUCAUCAUGCAACUAAGGUUCAUGAUUAAAUCAGAAAAUCCAGGAUCAUUAGGUUUUCAAGAAGCCAAUGCACAAUUGAAGUGUGUUUACUUUCCUAUUGUUGAGGGGAAAGAGAACAUUGAGCGAAUUCUUGAGAAGCUUGUUCAAGAUGGUUACGAAAUUAAAGAAAAUUUCGACACCUUUUCUCGUGUAUCAAUACGUAGGCUUGGUCGUCUCCUUCCAGAUUCCAGAUGGAAUACUCUUCCUUUCAUGGAAACUAAACAAAGAAGGGGAGAUAAAGCUCAUUUAUUAAAGAGAUGCUGCAAAAGGGUGAAAUGCUUUGUUGAGACAGAUGCUGGUUUUUCUCCUACUCCUUCUAAGACUGAUUUGGCACAUCAUCACCCUUUUACUCAUGCAUUGAGGAACUUUGGCAACAUUCUUUGUGGAAAAGAAUCAGAGGUAACCAUUGAGAUACUCAAAGAUGGAAAACACUCCAGUAUUUUACAAUUAGAGAAGGAAUAUCGAGAUUGGGUAAUUCAGAUGCAUGAUAGAUAUGAUGAAGAAAUCAAUUGUGGUGAGGAUGAACCUGUACAUAUUAUUGGCCCUCAAAACAAGAAACAACUUGGUAUAACUGCUGAUGUUGUGAGAGUGCACCAAGCUAUAAAGAGAAGAGGCAUAAUAUGGGAGUCAGGACAAAAGGUUAAAAUUUUUAAAGGUGCAACUGGAUGUUUGAAAAAGAAUUUGUAUGCAACUCUAGAAUACAUUUUAAUAGAAGGAUUUCAAGGUGAUGUCGGUGGUGAUGCACGACUAAUUUGCAGGCCACUGGAUUGUUCUGAUGAAAAAGGCUGCUCGAUUUUGGUGGAUAAUGGAAAUGCAAGCUUGGAUAUGCAUGAUUCUCUAUCUUUUCCAAUAAGUCUAAUUGAUUCUGAAAAUAUUCAAGCAAUUGACCUUGCGACAUGGAAUUGCCAAGUUGAGAAGCAUAAAGGGAGACUUCCUUCCAGAAUCGACAUACUAGUUGGUCAACAGUGUAGCCUGUUAGGGAUCAGUGGGGAACUACCUAUGGAAGCUCCUGUGGUUGCUGGUUUUACUCCUCCUAGAGAAAUUGUUGCUGUUAUUAGACCUGCAAAUUUUAGCUCUUCGAUGGCCUCCAAAGGCCUAGAUCAGAAGAAUAUCAUGAAGAAUGAGUUUGAGAUGACCUUGAAAAUUAGUCAUAAAUGUAGAGCUAAGCAGAAUGAACAGAUGACACUUGCCCAUACAAAAAGUGUUAAACCUUCAUCACAUACUGGCAUCAGUGGAUUAUAUAUAUUUGGGUUGCAAGAUAUAUGUUCGAAACUAUUUUAUAAAGCCGGAAUUUAUAUAUUCACCUUCUUUGUUAAUUGUAAAAAUACCAAUAUCAAACACCUAGAAGCACGAGUAGUUGUGAAGCCUGACACAAAGGUUUGCAAGUGGCGAUUUGUGUUUGAUGAAUGGGGCCCUUUCACUGAUAAGCAACUACUUUCUACUAGGGUUGGUUCCUAUAUUUCGUAUCUUUCUGUUGUGUGUCUUGAUCGGUACUCAAAUCAAAUUCCAUUUUCAAGUAUACCUGAAGCUACGAUAAAAAUAUUUGUGGAAGAAUGUAUGCUUCUCCAUGUUGGCAAAAUGAAAAUGAUCCUUUCAUCUGAUCAGUUAUUGUUGGAAUUAAAGGAUAUAUUGAUUGAAAGCAGCAAGCUGGACCUGAUUCAGCCAAGUUAUGAAGCUGUGUUGGCGAUAUGUUCGCAAGAUGGUCUUUUCUCUGCUGAAAUUCCAUGUAAAGUCAUGCCGGGUACCUUAUCUUCCGUGAGGCUGCAAACUUCUCUCCAGGAAGGAGAAUACUUGGUUCCAGAAGAAGUGAUUGAAGAACUUGUAUUAGAGAUGUUUGAUGCUUAUGGUAAUCAUAUUGAAGAAGGCGUGGAAGUGUUCAUCCACACUGAUGGGUUUUCCUUUCAAGACCACUUAGGUUAUAUUCGAAAGGUGAACUGCAAAGGAUGUAUCGAUCUUAGUGGCCUUCUAACUGUGUCAGCUAAUUUUGGUUCAUAUGCCCACCUUUCAGUUUCGUAUGAUAAGGAGAUUGUUUAUAAGAAGAAGUUCCAAGUUGCACAAAGGGAGUUGAGAGCUGUGUCUGGGGUCUCCGGCAUUCAUCCGAUAGGUUGUCAAUUGGAGAAUGUUAUAUUUGAAGUUUUUGAUCCUGAUGGACAAGUAGAUGAAAAAAUACAUGGUCAAUAUCACACACUUAGAAUAGUAUCAGAUUCAUUGAAAUUGGAUGAUACAAUUCAGUACACUUUCCAUCAUGGCCGGUGCACUGUGCCUUUUGUCCCAGUUCCCCGCAGACCAGGGCCUUUUUGCUUUUCGGCUUUUCAUACACGUUACCAUGAUCUUUGCACUGAUAUUGAGGUCAAUGUUUUGGAGGCUUCAAAGUUGGAGCUAUUUGCUGCAACAGAAUCAUAUGGAACAUUUCAAUCUCAGGUUUUAGAUCAUAUGGACUCAUCAAAGUGUCUCUCUCAUCAGAAGGACCUCCUAGUGAAGUACAUUUCUCAUCAUACUCAGAUUCUUGAUGAAAAAAUUACUGAAGUUGGAUUGAAGAUUGGAGAGCAUGAGAGGAAACUAAAGACACUGAAUGAUCAGAAGAUACAGGUUGAGCAAGAUAUUCAUGAUCUGCGAGUGUUCAUUGGACCUCAAUAUUUGAGCCAAAUUGAGUCUUUGAGUUCUUCAAGAGAGGAAAUCCUUAAACGAAUAGAACGAAAAGGUGAUACUGCCGCUGCUAUUUGCUGCUGUCUUUCUAAAGCUAUCCAGAAGCAAGAACCUUGGAAGUGCUUUACAAACUGUACGCAAGAUGUUGUUGGCCUUGUUGCUCUUCUUGGAAAUGUUAAUACUAGCAAAAAUAGCAGGAUGUUUUCACAGUUUUUGGGUGAAGAUAAUAUGCUUGCAAUUGUUUGCAAAUCUUAUGAAGCUGCAAGUAGAUUGGAGUAUUAUGAUGAGGCUGGAAAGAUUGAUCACCAGCAAGCUGUUCAUGGAGCUGCAGCUACACUCGGCAUUAACAUAAGUAGGAGAUUUCCUGUAAUAUGCCUCGAAGACAUAAGACCAUACCAAGGUCGAAUCAGGCCUAAUGAUCCUCAGAGGAGACUAUGUUUGUCAAAUCCAUUGUUGCAAUCUGGGGCAGUUCCUGCUGGAUUUUUAGGGUAUGCAGUGAACAUGAUCAACUUAGAUAUUCAUCACUGCAAUACAAAAACACUUUCAGGUCAUGGCCUUCGGGAAACCUUGUUCUAUCUGCUGUUUGGUGAAACUCAAGUAUAUCAGACUAGGGCGGACAUGAGACAAGCUAGGUCCUGUAUUAAGCAAGGAGCUAUUUCUCUGGAUGGUGGGAUUGUGAGGGCCAGCGGAUUUAUUUUACUUGGAGACUGUGAACCAGAUGUAAUGUUUCCUGUCAUUGGAACGCAAGCACAUAGAGCAUUUUCACAGGAUAUGGUAAUGAAUAUAAAGCAAAUGGAGGAGAAGAAGGGUCUUCUGACAGCAAUCCAACAAGAAAUAGUAAAAGAAUAUGAAGCCUACACAGAGGACAUGGCCAAGUUUAAAAAAAGAAGUGAUAGGUUACGUGAGUUAUUGACAGAAAGUUCUUCAACAACAAAUUUACUGGAGUGGAAAUGACUGCCCAUGGUGUAGUUCAUCUGGAGGCAGUCAGGCAGAGAAACAGAUCUAUUAUUUUCAGAAAGCAGUAAUUAUUCUAUAGUCUACUUCCCUUUUGUUUUACUUGAAAAAUACAAGAGUUUCAACUGAUGAGUUUUUUAAACUCGAUCAAGUCUUCGAGGUAACUCAGAUGACCCACCCCUGAAUUGAGUUUUUGAGUAUUGUUGUUAAAUUCAGCAGUUGAGAUUUUUUUUCUUUACUUGAGAAUAAGGUAUGCAUCCAAGCUUAUGAUUUCAUUUAUCCUUAUCAUCCCUAGAAUAUGAUUUACGUGACUGCUGUAUGCUCAUAUAGUUAAUUCACUUUUCAGUAAGUGCAUGAGUUUUGGUACUUCCAAGCUCAUUGAUGUCAUAUGCAUCGAAAGGGUAGCCGUAGUAGUUUAAGAGAACCAUUGUUGCUCUUUUGAUCUAUAAGCUUAAAGCCACAAAAAGCCUUUUGUUCUGCUUAGCAUAUUUUUAAUGAAGCCCUUGAUCUUAAAGCUACGAAACUGUAAUAACUGAAUGUGGCACCCUAAGAGGAUUGGCACUGCUUAGGGUAUUUCUGUGUAGGCUUAUUUGGUGCAAAGAAAGCAGAAAAAUAACUACAAUCUGUUAAUGAUGCUUGCCCACAUAAUAAGCAAUCACAAGGACACACAGUUGUCCAACCAUAUUUGUUUGCAUCUCACCAUCUCAUGUUCCUGAAUCGCUUGAAUGCUAGUUCUUGAACUCUUUUUGCUUCAUGUUCUCUAUGAUGUAGCCGUUUACUGGUAACAUCGAACUCGGCAUAUAAACCUUGUGGCAACUUUAGUGUGCAGAAAUUUGUGUUGUCAUGGAACAGAACAGAUUGGCAUCUGAACACACCCAUCCUAUCCCAACACACCCAUCUUCUGUUGUGCAGUACGACUCUUGUCAUCGAGAUAGGCGGCGUAUACUUGCAACGCCGUGACCAGGUGGUGCCGAUCUACCACUGCACCGUCUUUUGCUCACCGCCGACAUCUCUGAUAACGAAGACUAACCUGUCCACCCGAAAAAGCGAACACCUAAGCCGGGACACGAACGCGGAAGGUCGUUCGAGAGUCGGUGUCUUGCGCAGUCCCUUUAUACACGAUAAUAAUAAUAAUAAUAAUAAGCAUAAUGAUCAUCUCAGUUUAUAUUAGCAAAUAAAAAAGAAUUAUCUAUAU